AGCUGAGGAGAGCCCCUGGCCCCGCACUGACCCAUUCUGGACCAGGGUGAUGGUCCUGGAGGAAGGUGUGAUCCUCAGCUCCUCCCCCAAGGCCUGCCUUUUCGCUGACCAGCCUCUCCUCUUCCAAGAGCAUCGGUGUGCUUGGUCUUGGCUGAAGAGGGACACGUUUUGCCUUCCAAGGAGAUGGGCUCACCUACUUCCAGCCCAGUGCCCGCAGGCCUGUGAACCCUGGGCUGGACUGGGCUUUGCGGGUCUGGCCCCCCUCUCUGGAUCUGGCCAAGUGGGUUAAGGUUGAGGCCGAUUAGAGUUGAGCCUCUGCCUUCUCCCCUCUCCUGGGCUGAAUGCCACAUCACACCAGGCCCAAUGACUCAUGGGGACAGCAGUUGGGAAACACUGGGCAGAGGGCAGGUCCUGGUCCCAGCUGGCCAGCCCGUGUUGUCUGCCAUCCCAGGGUGCUGGCCUGCCUCUUUCUCCCCAGUGGCAGGUGGCAAAAGUGCCAACUGUGGGCCAGGCUCCAUUGCAGGCACUGGGAACUCUCCAGAGAAUGCCAGGAGUCUGUUUGCCUUGGGACCCUGGGCAUGGAGCCACUGGAGGAAGGGGGGUUACUAAGACCACAGAUGCUAGACCCUGAGCUUGGCCCUGCUGCCCCAGGUGAGGCCGGUGCCAACAUCAUCGAAGUGUCUAAGGAGGCCCGGAAGCGGUUCCUAGGCCCCCUGCACCCCUCCUUCAACCUGGUGAAGACCAUCCGUGGCUGUCUGCUGAAGACCCUGCCUGCUGACUGCCAUGAGCGGGCCAGUGGGCGUCUGGGCAUCUCCCUGACCCGUGUCUCAGAUGGCGAGAACGUCAUUAUAUCCCACUUCAACUCCAAGGAUGAGCUCAUCCAGGCCAAUGUGUGCAGCACUUUCAUCCCUGUGUACUGUGGCCUCAUCCCUCCCUCCCUCCAGGGGGUGCGCUAUGUGGAUGGCGGUAUUUCAGACAACCUGCCGCUCUAUGAGCUUAAGAACACCAUCACAGUGUCCCCCUUCUCGGGCGAGAGUGAUAUCUGCCCACAGGACAGCUCCACCAACAUUCACGAGCUCCGGGUCACCAACACCAGCAUCCAGUUCAACCUCCGCAACCUCUACCGCCUCUCCAAGGCCCUCUUCCCACCGGAGCCCAUGGUGCUGCGAGAGAUGUGCAAGCAGGGCUACAGGGACGGCCUGCGCUUCCUGCGGCGCAACGGCCUCCUGAACCAGCCCAACCCCUUGCUAGCCCUGCCUCCCGUGGUCCCCCAUGCCCCCGAGGUCCCCCACGCCCCCGAAGAGGAAGACGUUGAGGCUGCGGCCUCAGGGAGGGCCCGAAUGGAGGGUCACUUGCAGCCGCCCAGGGAAGAUCACAUCCUGGAGCACCUGCCUGCCCGGCUCAAUGAGGCCCUGCUGGAGGCUUGUGUGGAGCCCAAGGACCUGCUGACCACACUCUCCAACAUGCUGCCUGUGCGUCUGGCCACGGCCAUGAUGGUGCCCUACACUCUGCCGCUGGAGAGUGCCGUGUCCUUCACCAUCCGCUUGCUGGAGUGGCUGCCUGACGUCCCUGAGGACAUCCGGUGGAUGAAGGAGCAGACAGGCAGCAUCUGCCAGUACCUGGUGAUGCGUGCCAAGAGAAAGCUGGGCAGCCACCUGCCUUCCAGGCUGUCAGAGCAGGUGGAGCUACGCCGCGCCCAGUCACUGCCCUCGGUGCCGCUGUCCUGCGCAGCCUACAGCGAAGCGCUGCCCAGCUGGGUGCGCAACAACCUCUCACUGGGGGACGCACUAGCCAAGUGGGAGGAGUGCCAGCGUCAGCUGCUGCUGGGUCUCUUCUGCACCAACGUGGCUUUCCCGCCCGACGCUCUGCGUAUGCACACCAGUCCCCCUCCUGCGGACCCCGCAUCCCUGCAGCACCCGCCAGGUCUGCCCCCUUGCUGAGGGCCCCAGGUCUGGCCUUCCCCAGCACCCUGGGGUCUUGGUGCUGAAGGCCAGGCCCCCCAGAUUCCCUGCCCCAAGCGUUGGGGCGCUGGGGCUGGCUGCGAACCAGAUCCCAGCCUCUCUCCGUUACCCAGUCCGGUGUGAGGAGACGGGGCCCACACAGCUGCGAAGAGGCGGCUUUGCUGCAGAUCUCCCUCCACUGACCCCUCACAUGCUGCGCUGGAGUGUCCCUCCCCUCGGGGCGGGCCCCUGCCCGGCCUUGUCAGUGCAGUGUUACUCCCGAGAACUUUGCACCAGCUUUUCAUGUUUUGCUGAAGAAAGUGUAUGAAAAUUAUUUAUUUUCGCCAAAGCAGAUGUAAUAAAUGCCACAGCUCAGCCUUUGCCUACUUCACUUGUAUGUGACCGCUGCACCCCUGCUUGGGGGGCAUGGUGAACAGUGCCUGCCUCCCACCCCCACCCCAGGUGACCCGUGUCUCUACAGCGCAGGUCGCAUUGUUGGGCCUGGCUUCUGUAGCCUGCCUGCUGGGCCUGGGGCUUUCUCCUACAGGUACGCGUGAACCUCCUGGAUUUCCCCACCCCUGGCCAGGACCCAUACAUGUGCUCCCACUCUGCCCUGAGGCCUAGUUGGCUGAGCCUUGGGUACAGCUUUCUGAAAGCCAAUGGAAAUAUCUGGGACCAAGAUCCUUGCUAAAUAAAAACUGAAAUGUUUACGAAA